GUUCACAAGGCUAAAUUGCAGGUCAAUAAGCACCUUAAAAAUAAAACCAACCAAAACAAGCCCAGCCAUGGCUCCUCCCUGUUGUGAAGUACCUCGUUUUACAUGUGUUUCUCAAAGUGCUCCUUUGGGUUUGGAUUUCACCACCGAGAUCAGAUCAUCGUGAUUGGAAAUGAAUUUCAGCGACGCUAAGAAUAAUAUUCUACAAAUAUUGAGCAGAACAGACUCUCAGGGUCUUGCAAAACUGAUCAGUUGGAUGAAGCAUUCAGAUGAGCUUGAUAAUUACUUGGUUGACAAUCAGAGAGUUAUACUCCAAAGUAUUGCAGAUGAUCUGAGGUAUUGUCUUCCCUUGGAGGCUAUGUUUCCUUCAGAGACCAUGGCCAUUCAGAAGACUCAGGAAAACACCAAACCUACUGUACAUGUGGAUGCAUUUUUGUAUGAUGAGGAAACUGUAGAUCAUCUCUGUGAAGAGGGCAAGAUGAGCCGCAACUUCUGUCUCAGUUGCGGAUCACAUAGAACAGCUCCUAUGGAAUUCAUCUCGCAUUCCUUCGCAAUCUCGGAGCUCCAGUUCCUGUUUCUUCAUGUUCUCCCAGACCUGGCAGGAAAGGUGGUAGUGGAUGUGGGUUCCAGGCUCGGAGCAGUGCUCUAUGGGGGCUACCUCUACAGUGCAGCAGCGCAACUCAUUGGGGUAGAAAUAUGUGAAGAGUUUGUCAAGCUUCAGAAAAUGACCAUGGAGAAGUACGGCUUCAGUGACCGAAUUCAGGUGAUUCAUGCAGAUAUAUGCUCUCAGGCAAUGCUGUUGCAAAAUGCAGAUGUGUUAAUAAUGAACAAUGUGUUUGAGUACUUCAUGGAGCCCAAAGACCAAGUCAGAGCAUGGCAGUUCAUUAGCCAAAAUUUCCGAAAGAAAGGUGCAUUGUUGGUUACUGUUCCAAGCAUUCAAGAAGCUCUCAUGUCACUGCAAGAAACAAAUGGAGCACCAGCAAUUGGCCACUGGGUGCAAGAAGUACCUCUUGAUUACUGUUCUUAUCUACAAAAUGAUACAGACCCAGAUUCCCUCAAGCAAAUCCAUCUCUACACAGUACUUUGACCUAAACACACAGAACAACAACUGAAUAAAACUUCUCUAUAGGAGUAUAUUUUUGGUCAAUGGAUUUUUACCAAGGACUAUUCAUAGUAGAUUUACAUGUAAUGAAAUCAGUUUUAAAAAGAUCUGUACACGGUAAUCUAGCUGAUGAGCUUUGCACAGAUAAUGGUGGCAGUGCAGGGGUUAGCGGUGCUGCCUCAUAACUCCACAAUCCCAGGUUUGGGCCCGAGUUAAGGUUAUAGUCCGUGUAAAUUUUCUGUGCAUGUUCUCUUGUUUCCUCCCGAUUCCCAAAAAUGCAAGUAAAUUGAUUGGCUACACAAAAUUGCCCUAGUCAAUUCAAGUCAGAGCAUUUGUUGUCAUACACACAGAUAAAAACAAGAUUCCCUGUACGAUGAACUCGUAGGUGUGAAAGAAUUAAUUCAUGAAUGAAUGAACAGAUAAUGGAGAAACAUAAACUUAUCUUUUUUCUUAACUAGCAGAUUUUGGAAGGAAAGCAGUUGUCUACUUUGAGCAAAUUGUGACAUUUAUUCAUGCAGCAUUUAUUCUUUUGUCUUCAAUAAACACUUUAUUGAAGUCAGGGUCAUGGUGGAUCUUGAGCAUAUCCCAGGAACACUGGGAAUGGGAUAUGAAUACAUCCUGGAUGAGGUGCCAGUCCAUUCCAGAGAUCCAAGCACGCACACAUUCACACCCGGUGGCAAUCUACUAU